CAAAACAUUAGAAAAGAAGAUAUAGUACAAUUAUGACAGUAUCAACUCCCAUAGUGAAUGGUACUUCCUAUUAUACAUUGAAGGCCAAUACUAAGGAGUCCUUUGAUGAAGCUGUUCAAUUUUACGAAAAUUACAUUGGUUUAAUUCCAAAAAACAAAACAUCAAAAUCAAUUUUUUUACAUUCUGGUCAAGAAUUCCCUCAUCAUAGUGCCACAAUUGAAUUGGUAUUGGAUGAAUCUUUUAAACAAAGUCCAAAUUUUAAAGAAUUACAACAAGAAAGAUUAACUCAAGAUUGGAGAUCAUUAAGAUCAAAUGUUGUCUUUAGAACCGACUCAAUUGAGUCAUUAUACGAAUUGUUCAAAAACCAUCCAAAUGUUCAAGUUCAAGCUUAUCCUUCCGAUUUAGCACCAACUGAAAUUUAUGUUUUAGACCCUCUAGGUAAUUUAAUUGGAUUCACUUCAUUAAGACACCCUUUAUCAACUGUUCCUCCUGCAUACAAAAAAAUUGAUCAAGACAUAUUAACAACUGGUCCAACCACUGCUUAUGUUGAAAGUGCCACAUCUGAACAACGUCGUAACAUUGCUGUUAUGACUUCAGGUGGUGAUGCUCCAGGUAUGAAUGCCUGUGUUCGUGCUGUUGUUAGAGCCGCUAUAUAUAGAGGUUGUAAAGCCUUUGCAGUUUAUGAAGGUUAUGAAGGUUUAGUUAAAGGUGGUCCAAAUUACAUAAGAGAAAUGGAUUGGCAAAGUGUGAGAGGUUGGUUAAGUGAAGGUGGUACUAAUAUCGGUACUGCUCGUUGUAUGGAAUUUAAACAAAGAGAAGGUCGUUUAUUAGGUGCAAAGCAUUUAAUUGAAGCUGGUAUUGAUGCUUUGAUUGUUUGUGGUGGUGAUGGUUCCUUAACCGGUGCUGAUUUAUUUAGAGCUGAAUGGCCAUCAUUAAUUAAAGAAUUAUUUGAAACUGGUCAAAUCACCAAAGAAAAAUUCGAUAAACAUAAACAUUUAAACAUUUGUGGUACUGUUGGAUCAAUUGAUAAUGAUAUGUCUAGUACUGAUUCCACAAUUGGUGCUUAUUCUUCAUUAGCUAGAAUUUGUCAAGCUAUUGAUUAUAUUGAUGCUACUGCCAAUUCACAUUCCCGUGCUUUUGUUGUUGAAGUUAUGGGUAGACAUUGUGGUUGGUUAGCCUUAAUGGCUGGUAUUGCAACUAGUGCUGAUUAUAUCUUGAUCCCUGAAAAACCAGCAAGUUCAAGAGAAUGGGAAGAUCAAAUGUGUGACAUUGUUAGUAAGCAUAGAUCAAGAGGUAAACGGAAAACAAUUGUCAUUGUUGCUGAAGGUGCCAUUGCUGCUGAUUUAACCCCAAUCACUUCAAAAGAUGUUUUGAAAGUCCUUGUUGAUAGAUUAGGUUUAGAUACAAGAGUUACCACUUUAGGUCAUGUUCAAAGAGGUGGUACCGCAGUGGCUCAUGAUCGUAUGUUGGCAACUUUACAAGGUGUUGAAGCUGUUAAGGCAGUUUUGGAAUCAACUCCAGAUACUCCAUCUCCAAUGAUUGGUAUAAUUGAAAAUAAAAUUUGCAGAAGACCAUUAAUUGAAGCUGUUAAAUUAACAAAACAAGUUGCUGAAGCAAUUGAAGCUAAAGAUUUCAAAAAGGCUAUUGGGUUACGUGAUAGUGAAUUUGUUGAACAUUUAAAUAAUUUCAUUGCUAUGAAUUCUGCUGAUCAUAAUGAACCUGAUUUACCAGAAGAUAAAAGAUUGAAAAUUGGUAUAAUCAACGUUGGUGCACCAGCUGGUGGUAUGAAUAGUGCUGUUUAUGCCAUGGCUACUUACUGUAUGUCAAGAGGUCAUACUCCAUAUGCUAUUCAUAAUGGGUUUACUGGGUUAGCAAGACAUGAAUCUGUUAGAUCUAUAAAUUGGUUGGAUAUUGAAGGUUGGGCUUCAAGAGGUGGUUCAGAUAUUGGUACUAAUAGAACUACUCCAGAAGAGGCUGACAUUGGACUAGUUGCUUAUUAUUUGGAAAAAUAUCAAUUUGAUGGGUUAGUUAUUGUUGGUGGGUUUGAAGCUUUUGUUUCUUUACAUCAAUUAGAAAGAGCAAGAAAUGAUUACCCAGCUUUUAGAAUCCCAUUAGUGCUAAUUCCUGCAACUAUUUCAAAUAACGUUCCAGGUACUGAAUAUUCAUUAGGUUCUGAUACUUGUUUGAAUUCAUUGAUGGAAUAUUGUGAUAUUGUUAAACAAAGUGCUUCUUCCACAAGAGGUCGUACAUUUGUUGUUGAAGUUCAAGGUGGUAAUUCAGGUUAUAUAGCAACUUUUGCUCAAUUAAUCUGUGGUGCUCAAGCUUCUUAUGUCCCUGAAGAAGGUAUCCCAUUAGAACAAUUAGACUUGGACAUUCAAGCUUUGAAACAAUCAUUCCAAGUUGCAGAAGGUAAAGCUAAAUCUGGUAAAUUGAUUUUAAAAUCUGCUAAUGCUUCUAAAGUCUUAUCUACAGAUGUCAUUGCAAGUAUUAUUACUGAUGAAGCUCAAGGUAGAUUUGAUGCUAAGACUGCCAUUCCAGGUCAUGUUCAACAAGGUAGUUUACCAUCACCAAUGGAUCGUACUAGAGCUGCUAGAUUGGCUGUUAAAGCUGUUCAAUUCAUUGAAGAAAAACAAGAAUUCACUCAACCAGUACAUUAUGCUGAAGAAUUUGAUCCAAGUGAUAAAAAAGUUGGUGAUACUGCAGCUAUUUUAGGUGUUAAAAGAUCACAUCUUAGAUUCUCACCAAUUCGUCAAAUCUAUGAUUUUGAAACCGCAUUGAACAAAAGAAUGCCAAAAGUUGUUCAUUGGGAACCAAUCAGAGAAGUUGCUGAUGCUCUUGUUGGUAGAACUAAAGUUCCAACUACUUCAUCAAAAUAGAUGCCACAUAAUUUAAUGACUAAAAAAGAAACCCCCAUCCUAUCAUGCAUUCAAUCAAUUUACGAUUAAUUUAACUUGUUUUUUUCCUUCCUUUUUGCCUUUAUUUACAAUAUAUAUAUAUGUUCAAUGCUUUUUGAAUUCUUUGAUGUAGUUGAAAAUCUUUUGCUCAUAUGUCAAAAUCAUUUUCGCGAAAACAAAGUUUAUACGUUUGUUGCGGGCACAUUUUUUGACUUAAAAAAAAGGCGCUUUUGAUUUUCAAAACAAAACAUCAACUCAUAAAGUUUUAAAGCGUACAAAUCAUCACGACUUGUGUUCAAGGAUGUACGAUAACUCUACCAAGAAUGACAGGAAGAAGCUAGAGGAACCCAUAACACCAGUGAUGCAAUAU